GGGUGUGGUUCUGAAACUUGCCUGCACUCUACUACUUUCAGAAGGGCUUUAAAUGGAGUAGAGUGAAUGACCUCCCGUCCUAUUCCUGACCUGACGCUCACUCCGGCGCAACUGGAGUCCCACCCCAGCUCAACCCUAAGCCCACUUCAACUGUCUCUUUGGAAAAUUUUGCGCCCGAGAUCCGGCGGGACGUGGAGCUGGAGCCGGGAAGCGUCGCUGUGGUUUGGCUGGCUUCCACCUGCUCCUCCUCACUGACCGGUUUUGGAGUUUGAUUGCCUGAGCGCCCGCCCUGGCUGUUACGGGAGCAAGAGCUGAGGACUCAGCAGGUAAAGAGGCGAGCAGUCACCAUGCUGCUAGAAGCUCUAUCCAAUAUUUUGGAAUUCUACGAUGACCUGCUGUCCAAAUGCGACGCCCGGGUCAAAGAUUACCCGUUGGUUCACUGUCCCGCCAAGAUGACGACCCUCCUGGUGAGCUACGUCGUCUUCGCCAUCUAUUUGGGUCCUCGCCUGAUGGCCAACCGCAAGCCCUUCCACCUCAACACGGUCAUGGUGGUCUACAACUUCGGCAUGGUCGCCUUCAACGCUUUCAUCGUGUACGAGUUCAUGAUGUCCGGAUGGGGCACCACAUUCACGUGGAGAUGUGAUUUGAUUGAUCCCUCCAGCAGUCCUCAAGCACUUCGGAUGGUGCGAGCGGGUUGGCUAUUUUUCUUUUCCAAGUUCAUUGAACUCCUCGACACGGUAUUCUUCGUGUUGAGGAAGAAACAAAAUCAAAUCACCUUUCUCCACGUGUUCCAUCACUCGGUCAUGCCCUGGUCUUGGUGGUGGGGCAUCAUGCUGACUCCUGCCGGAGGGAUGGGCUCUUUUCACGCCAUGGUGAACGCCACGGUCCACGUCAUCAUGUACACGUACUACGGACUGGCAGCGGCAGGGCCACGCUUCCAGAGGUUCUUGUGGUGGAAGAAGUACAUGACCGCCAUCCAGCUGACACAGUUCAUCGUGGUGUCGGUGCACAUCAGCCAGUACUACUUCAUGGAGAAGUGCGACUACCAGGUGCCCCUGUGGAUCCACCUGAUCUGGAUGUACGGCGUGCUCUUCUUCGUGCUCUUCUCCAACUUCUGGCUGCAGGCCUACAUCCGGGGCAAACGGCUCCCCGUCACCCAACUCAAGAGCGGGCGCGAGCGGACCCCCCCAGCACCUCCGCUGGCCAACGGCACCCACGGCACCCACGGCACCCACCAGCACAACGGCAGCGCCGACCAAAACAACCACAACCAGCACAGCCACACCAAUGGCAAUGUGCAACUGGGCAAAGUAAAGGAGAUCUAACUUUUUGGGACCUUGAACUUGUCACAAUGACUCUGCUAUACUAGUGCACCAAUAGAAUAACCAAGUCUAUGGAAAGCCGUUGGAGCUUUGAUUUCAUAUCCAGCUUACGUUCCACAUACUUGUAGGUUUUUCAACCUCGCUAGUAAGACAUUUCAGCACACUAGUAGAAUGACAAGUAACAUUUUUUUCCAGGACUAGUGUCAGUUUUGGCCUUCCAGUAUGCGAUUUAACUCUUCCUCGUAAACUACUGUACUGCACUAGUAGCACUACUAAGCCCAACUAGGCUAGUAGGCAUGCCAUGCUCUAGUAGCCUCCUGGGCCGGACUAGUAGCAUGAAAAUACCCAAUGGUAGUUUUGUCUCACUAGUAGCAUGGCCUACUAGUGUGAAGAAAUAUUUUUUAAGCAUUUUUUUUCAAAAUCCUUCAUAUGCAGUAGUAUGCUCUUUGUCCUCACUAGUAAGGCUAUUCAGCGCACGAGUUGAAUGAUUCUCUUACAAGUAAGAUGUUUUCCACUACUAGUGACACUAUUGACCUUCUAAUACACAAAGAAACCUUCCCUCAUGAAGAACUGCACUGUCGAACUUGUAAGCGUGUGUCACGCACUAGUAGCCUCUUCAACCCAAUUAUUGGCACCAAAAUGCCCACUAGUUGUUUGCCUCACUACUAAUACGAAGUUGUCCGACUGGUGUGCUGAAAUGUUCUUAUGGAAAGCUGUCUGAGCUACUACUUUCUAACUGCUUUACUAGUGAACAUCCGUGCUGCAGUCUACUUAGUCCAACUUUUUUUUAUUUCUUUUAAACCCUGAACAUGUCUACAACUAUAGACUAACAAAGCCUUGGGAAAGCCAUUUGAACAUUUAUUCAAUAGCUUUGAUAUCAAGCUGUACUAGUACACUGUAUACUUACUCGUAAGAGAAUUCAGCGCACUAGCAGAAUGGAUGUCUUAAGGUCAUUUUUUUUUUUGUUUCCCCAACUACCGGAUGACUACUAGUGAGGCACAACUGUACACUGCUUGACACCGGUGUGCUUCUGGUACUGCGAGUGAAGCAUUAAAUACAGUAUUUACCAGUUGAAUUUUUCAUCAGCAGUACCAGUAGCUGUAAUUAUCAACUAGUGCACAGUUUUGCCUAAUUUCUAACAUGUAGUUUUCCGACUUGUGUGUGGAAAUGUCAUGCGGAAAAAACGUUACUUAUAUAAACGGUUCUACUCGUUUGCCCUAGUUGUUCAAAUAGUGCGCUGAAUUGUCUUUCUCGUGAAGAAAGAGUAUACUAGUACAUGGAGCAAGGAUAUGGAAUAAAUGCUGAAACGGCUUUGACAUCAAGACUAGUCUACGGUGAUUUAUAUUGUUGGGACUUGAUAUGAUAUGAAUGGCUUUGUGUUUUUUUAUGUUUUUGUUGUGAGUGAUCUUGUGUGUUUUUGUGGCGACACUGUGAUGCACGCGCAUGCUUUUGUACGCAUGAAGGUCGGUGCUCCAUUUUCUCACGGACUGUGUUCCUUCAUUGCCAUUUUUGCGCUCCGCUCGUACCACUUUAGGCCGACACCAACCUCAUAACACAGUUUCCACUGAAGACUAGCACGUGUAAAUAACGUGGGGGGAGGAAAAAUUAAAUUAAAAGGCUUUCAUUUGUACAUGUUACAUUUAUA